AUGUCGCUCUGUCUCAAUCGCCUACAGGAAGAAAGGAAGCAAUGGCGGAAAGAUCAUCCUUUUGGCUUUUUCGCGAAACCCGUAAGGGGUGCAAACGGUGUGAUAGACCUCAAGAACUGGGAAGUCGGAAUACCAGGAAGGGAGAAGACAAUCUGGGAAGGCGGGUUAUUCAAGUUGAACCUCACCUUCCCAGACGAAUAUCCUACCAAACCUCCAAAAUGCCGAUUCACCCCUCCGCUAUUCCACCCUAAUGUCUACCCAUCCGGCACCGUUUGUCUCUCGAUCCUAAACGAGGAGGAGGGUUGGAAACCUGCAAUCACCAUCAAGCAGAUCCUCUUGGGCAUCCAAGACCUCCUAAACGACCCCAACCCGGAGUCGCCCGCACAGGCUGAUGCAUACAACCUAUUCAAGAAAGACCGGGCCGCAUAUGAGAAGAAGAUAAAGAGCGUCGUCAAAGAGAACCCCGCACCUUGA